ACGGAUGCGCGCGCGUUACCGCCGCAUACUUUCGUUGUCUUGUCCCAUUUCUAUAAUCACAAACAAAAAUGGCGUCUGCUCUGUCUCGUUCGGAUGCGAUUCGCGAGUGUUGACGUAUUUGCGUUGAAUUAUCGUGUCGGCCGAUUGAAACGACGACCGCACUCGCAGGCGUCGGUAUACACCAAUUCCUGUGAUACCAUACAAUCGAAUUGCACAUAACACACUUUGUCGUCUGCAUCACAUACAUACAAGACUUGGUAUAUGCAUCAAUUUGCCAAAGAAUAAACAGUUUUAAGCCUAAUGGUUAUAAUAUGUGUAUCUGAUAUAAAUGAUUCAAGUGCUGUACUAAAAGAGGAGAAAAUAAAGACAAUUGGAAAUAAGAGCUUGAUGGAUGAUAUCGUGUGUGCCACAAAAGUUACCUUACCAUCCAACUUAAGUUGUGAUAAUGCCUUGUCUUUAAGUACAGAAUGGUGUAAUGUCAUUGAUAAGGCUGAUCACUUUGCUGUAAUAGCAAGAAAUAAGAUUACCGGGGUGGUAGUUGGAGGAGGAGCUGGCUCCCUCUGCCAUUCCCGACAAUCAUCACCAUCGUUUGUAUUGCAUUUGCCCACCAUCCCCCUAAAUUGGUCUGUGAUAUCCAGCUCAACAUUUAGAUUUACUAGAGAUCCUCCGUCCCAUCAACAAACACAGGAUUUGUAUGGUACGAUGGUAACUGCCGGUGACGUUGAUAGUUCUACAAGGGGGGGAACUGGAAAACGAACCUUGCUGGCUUGCUACUCUGGUGCUCACAUUAAAGAUGUUACUACUACUAUUAGUUUUAGGGUUAAGUCUAAUUGUUCAACAAGUGAUAAUGACAGUGAUGAUCAAAGCGCAAUGUACAAAACCAUUCCAUUUAACAAACUUUAUGUUGAUCCAAUCGCACAGUACAAACGUAAUUGGGGUAUUUCCAUUGCGUGUCGUUUGUUAGGAGGUGGUGAAACAACUCUGGCAUCUGGUAACGGUACAGCUACAGCUGGUUGGGGAAAUCCUGGCACUACACCAGUACCCGCAUCUGUCACUGGUACUUCGAAUUGGAAUACAAGUCCACUUGUUGAUGGCCAAUCUCCACCAAAUGCUGUCUCUAAUGGCCCUUGGCAACAAAGCCCACAGUCCUCUAGUACCAGCUCAAAUAAUACUAGUCAAACAUCUAAUAUAGGUAAUAAAGGACAAAGUUCAAACCCUGGUUCAUCAAACGGCAAUGGUACUAUUUCUACAUCACAGGCCACUAAUCAACAAAAUACUACAUCAUGGGCUCAGGCGGCUGGAAAAAAUCUACCUGCUUCUUCAGUACCUCAAGUUACUGGUAAUUCAUCAACAACAACUACUACAGCUAGUACUACUUCUGGUGCAGUUUCUAAUCCUCAAUCUAGCAAUUCACCUCCAACAAAUGGUGGAAAUGGAGCUACUAACUCUUCAACUAAACAACAAUUGGAACAAAUAAAUACAAUGCGAGAAGCUUUAUAUGCUCAAGAUGGAUGGGGUGGCCAACAUGUUAAUCAAGAUAGUCAGUGGGAUGUUCCGCAUAGUCCAGAACCUAAUACUAAGGAUGGACCAUUAACAGGAUUAACUGGUGGUCCUGGAUGGAGCAAGGUCAAUAAUGGUACAGAUUUGUGGGAAGCAACUUUACGAAAUGGUGGACAACCUCCAAUACAAAUUCCAGUGCAAAAUACAUCUAAAACUCCUUGGGGACAUACCCCUGCAUCCAAUAUUGGUGGUACUUGGGGUGAAGAUGAUGAUGUUAGUAGUGUAAGUGGAGCAGAAGCAAAUACUGGUAACUGGGGAAUAAAUCCAACUACUAAUAUGAGCAAUCAAUGGGGCCAAGGACAACCUCCUCCACAAGGGCCUGGUGGUCCAAUGUGGGGAGGGCCUCCUAAGAAAGACAUUGGGCCUGAAGGUCAAUCCUGGAAUUCUGGCAAUACUGCAUGGAAUGAUCUCAAUCGGCCACCAGGAUCUAUUGAUCAGGGUCCUCAUCGUCGAGAUAUUCUACCAAAUGGAAUUGUUGAUCAUAGAGGAAUUGGUAGUGAUGCUCGAGGUGGUAUAAGUGGUCGUUUGAAUGGUACUUUAUCUGGCGGUGGUGCUGGUAUGGAACCUAUGUGGGGUGGACCUCCACCACAUCACAUGCAACAUCAUGUUCAACCUCCUUCAGUUGGACCACCACCUUCAGUUAUAGCUACACCAGGGGCAAAACUUGGACAAGGACCUGUGCCAGUAAUUAAUCAGUGGUCAGGACCACCACCACCCAAAGAUUUAAAUCCUAUGAAUAACAACAACAAAGGAAAUGGAUGGGAAGAACCAUCACCCACAGAUCACAGGCGCAAUUUAUUAAAUUAUGAUGAUGGCACAUCUUUAUGGGGAAAUACUCAAACUAGGCCCAAUGUGCCUGGCGGUGGUUUAUUGAGCACUCAACACAAUAUGAGUAAACAUUGGGGUAAAGCAGAUAUGGCUGCUGCAGUGGCUGCUGCAGCUGGCAGGAAUAAUAAUGGUUCUAGUAAUAUGGGUAACCAAUGCCCUCCAGGUGUUCCACCAAAUAGGGCAGGUAUGCCACCUAGUAAAAUGGUUGAUCAACAACAAUUAUGGCCUGGAAAUCCAAGAAAUGGUACAUGGGGUGAUGUUGGUGGAGGAAGUCAACAUGAUUUGAAUGUUGCUGGUCCUUGGGGAGAAGAUAAAAUGGGUUUGACUGGAAAUGCAGGUGGUCCUUGGCCCAAUUCUGAGUGGGGACCUGGUCCUAAAUCUAAAAAUUCAUGGGGUGAUUGUGGUAACAAUGAUAUGGAUCAAAGUUCCUGGGGACAGAAGAAUAUUGGACAAAAGAAUCAAAAUAAAGAUUAUAUAUGGCAAAGUAAAUCAUACAGAAUUCUUGCUGAAAUGGGAGUCAAGAAAGAAGACGUUGAAGCAGUUACACGUUCUUAUAAUAUUAGUAUGGAAGAAGCAUUAGAAUUUUUAAUGUCUACUAGAGGUCCUGGUGGAGGAGGUUUAGAUUCAUGGAAUACACAUAGUGGUCGUGGCCAACACCCAGAUGAUCAAAAUCCAUUUGAUAGAUCUAAUAUUAAUCAACAACGAUUUAAUUCGCAACAACUACCUUUUGCUGUGCCAUCUAUUGGAAAUAAUUCUAACCAACAACAAGCCAUGCUUCAGAAAAUAUUAGCCCAACAGCAGCCACCUGCACAACAAAAUACAAUGCAACAACAAUAUUCUCAGGGCGGUGGUUCAAGACAAAUGCAAAAUCAACCAACUGCACAACAGUUACGAAUGUUAGUGCAACAAAUUCAAAUGGCUGUGCAAGCUGGAUAUUUAAAUCAUCAAAUACUAAAUCAGCCAUUGGCACCACAGACAUUAAUUAUGCUUAAUCAGUUACUGCAGCAGAUCAAAAUUUUGCAACAAAAUGUUCAAAUACAAGCAGCUGUUGCUAAUAAUCCCAAAUCUGGCCCUGCCAUGGUGACAGCUGCUAUAGCCAUCAAUAAAGCCCGGCAACAAAUAGCAUCACUACAAAAUCAAAUUGCCAACAAUCAAGCCAUGCAUAUGAAGGCACAAGCCCACCAAAAUCAGUCUAACUUUUCUGGUUUAUCAGGUUUAAUGGGUGGGCAGGUUGGUGAUUUCUUCAAAAAUGAUCCAUUAACACUUUUACAAUCUGGUUUUUCUGAUUUAACAAUGAAUAAAGAUUCUCAAAUAAGUGGACAAGGAUUCCAAACAAGUCAACAAUCAAGAUUAAAUCAGUGGAAGUUACCUAAUUUAGAUAAAGAUGAUUUAGGAAUGGGUAAUGAUUUUAGCAGAGCACCAGGAGCUAAUUCUAAAUCUACUCCUGGAAAUACUUCUCCUACAUUCAAUUCAUUACUUAGCCAAGGAGAUGGUACUUGGACUAAUGUUGGUGCUCGUUCUGAUAGUGGAUGGCCAGACAAUGCUGAAGACAAUAAAGAUAUUUGGCCCAACAAUGGAUCAAAUUCACAGUCUAAUUCUACGUCAUCUGCAUUUGCUACUGAUCUUGUGCCAGAAUUUGAACCAGGAAAACCGUGGAAGGGUAAUCAAAUGAAAAAUAUUGAAGAUGAUCCUACUAUUACACCUGGUUCAGUAGUGCGUAGUCCACUUUCGUUAGCAGCCACAAUUAAGGACUCAAAUAAUUCAGACUUGUUCAAUAGUGGUGGAAAGACUUCACCAACUAAUUCUCAAUCAACAGUUGAUAUGCCAUUAACACCAUUAUCUCUUUCAUCUUCAACUUGGAGUUUUAAUCCGCCUCCUUCAUCUACUCAAUCAUCAUUUACUAGUCCACUUGGAAAAGUGAAUGGACCAAAAAACAAUUGGGCUGAUAAUAAUCCUGGAAAUGAUCUUUGGGGUGGUGUUUUGGGAUCUAGUGGUAAGUCUCGUGGACCACCACCUGGACUGACUGGAGGUUCUACUAAAGCAGGAAAUGCACCUAAUAAUGGUUGGCCUCGAUGGCCUUCCAAUAAUACUUCGUGGCAAUCCUCAUCGAAUAAUGUAGCUAGUACAUGGCUAUUGCUAAGGAACCUAACACAACAAAUUGAUGGAUCAACAUUAAAAACUCUUUGCAUUCAACAUGGACCAUUGUUGAAUUUUCAUAUGUAUCUAAAUCAUGGAAUAGCAUUAGCCAAAUAUUCGACCAGAGAAGAAGCUAGCAAGGCUCAAGGAGCGUUGAACAAUUGUGUACUUGGCAAUACAACAAUAUUUGCUGAAUCACCUACAGAUGCUGAAGUACAAAUGUUACUUACACAUCUGAGUGGUGGUGGGGGCAAUACAAGUGGCAACAAUUCUGCUCAACAACAACAACAGCAACAACAACAACCCAACUGGAAUAAUGGCCGGAAUGGAAAUAUUGGCAACUCUCAGGGGCAACAGGGUUCAGAUACUUGGGCCAAUAAUCAACUGUGGGGUGGCAACAACUCAGGACCUCCGGGUAAUACAUCCUCUCUUUGGGGGGCUGGAGCUGACCAAAUCGAUCCACAUCGCACCACUCCAUCAUCUUUGAAUUCUUUUAUGCCUAGUGAUCUUUUAGGUAGUGAAACAAUGUAAAGUUAAAUGUGUGUAUAUAUAUAUAUAUAUAUAUAUAUUUAUUCAUACAAUCCUGACUUAUAACUGAGUCCAAAUAUAACGUCAUUUUUAUAAUAAGGUUUUAGAACACCAUGAACACUUAAUCGACUUAUUUAUUAAGCUUAAAACAAAUCGAGCCAAGUUUAUAUUUUAGAUAUAUAAUUUUAUUCUGCUUGCCAUUCGACUCUGGGUAAUCGUUUUGGCAGCACACCUAUAAUUUUUUAAGACUUGAAUGUUUUUAUUUUAUUAAUUUAUAAUGUGAGUUCUUCUUUUUAUUUUUAAUUGUAUACUACCAAAGUAAAUAAGGAUUAAAAAUUAAUUUUAAUAUUUUAGUAGUUUUGUGACUUUAGACAUUAAGACGGUUACGGGGUGUUUUUAAUUUAUGAAUGAGAUUUUUAGUGAUUAAUUUUAUCAUGUUCACCAGCUACAAUAUUAUAUAU